AUGGCAGGUGGAGUCUUGGCCGAAUACAAGGCUGCUUGCUCCUGUCCGUGUCUUUCUCAGUCCAUCCCUCAGUCCAAGUGGAAUGCUCCACCUACGGGCUUUAUCAAAAUCAACACUGAUGCAGUAGCCUUUGAAGAUGGGAGGAAAUUGUGCAUCGGUGUAGUCAUCCGCGAUAAUAUGGGUGAAGUUCUAGUAGCAUCAAACAAGGUUCUUCCUGCAUCUUUCUCGACUGAGGUCUCAGAAGCUCUGGCCUUGCAAGAUGGUGUGCUUCUUGCAGCGGAAUUAGAAGUCUCCCACGCUAUCUUUGAGUCCGACGCCUUAUCCAUUAUUCUAGCAAUUAAUGAUGAAAUCCAUGGAGGCGAGCUUGGGCACAUAAUCAGAAACAUCAGAGAAUUGACUGCUGUGUUUUCCUGGUGUUCUUUUAAACAUCUGAAAAGGGAAGGCAACAGAGUUGCCCAUGAGCUUGCAAAGGUGGCUGGGUUUUCUGGUGUAUCAUAG